CCGGCGCGGGCAAUAAACAAGUGCGCACCGAGCGUCCAGUGUUGCCGUGGCGGCGGGCGCUUCCGGCGCGCGGUUCGGGGCGGCCCCUCGGCCCUGCUCGGGGGUUCCGGACCGCGCCGCCAUGGCCGCCGCUGGCAGCAGCGACGCGCCCGAGCCGCCAGACUUCGGCAUCCUGAAGCGGCUGGCGAGGGACCAGCUCAUCUACCUGCUGGAGCAGCUCCCGGGGAAGAAGGACCUGUUCAUCGAGGCCGACCUGAUGAGCCCCCUGGACCGCAUCGCCAGCGUCUCCAUCCUGAAGCAGCACGAGGUGGACAAGCUGUACAAGGUGGAGAGCCGGCCAGUCCUCAACACCAGUGACCACAGGUUCUGCUUCCUCGUCCGGCCCCGGAUCAAGACAAUGAGGUAUAUUGCUGAUAUUGUCAAUGCUGACAAGAUGUCGGGGAGGAGCAGGAAGUACAAGAUUAUCUUCAGCCCACAAAAGUUUUAUGCUUGCGAGAUGGUGCUGGAGGAAGAGGGAGUCUUUGGUGAUGUCACCUGCGAUGAAUGGUCCUUCUACCUGCUGCCCCUGGAUGAGGACAUCAUCAGCAUGGAGUUGCCUGAGUUCUUUCGCGACUACUUCUUGGAGGGAGAUCACCGCUGGAUCAACUCCAUUUCUCGAGCCCUGCAGUUGCUGAACUCCCUGUAUGGGCCUUUUGGCAAGGCCUACGGGAUUGGCAGAUGUGCCAAGAUGAGCUACGAGCUGUGGCAGGACCUGGAGAAGGAGAGCGAGGGCGACAGCCAAGGCAGGAAGCCUGAAAUUGGCAACGUCUUCCUCAUGGACAGAGACAUGGACUACGUGACGACGCUGUGCUCUCAAGUGGUCUACGAGGGGCUGGUGGAUGAUACCUUCCGCAUCAAGUGUGGGAGCGUGGAUUUUGGGCCAGAGGUCACCUCUUCUGACAAGAGCAUUAAGGUGCUGCUCAAUGCCCAGGACAAAGUAUUCAACCAGAUUCGGAACGAGCACUUCUCCAGCGUUUUUGGCUUCCUGAGCCUGAAGUCACGUAACCUGCAGGCGCAGUAUGACCGGCGCCGUGGCAUGGACAUCAAGCAGAUGAAGAAUUUUGUCUCCCAGGAACUGAAGGGAUUAAAGCAAGAGCAUCGCCUACUGAGCCUGCAUAUCGGUGCCUGCGAGUCCAUCAUGAAAAAGAAAACCAAGCAGGACUUCCAGGAAAUGAUCAAGGCUGAACACUCUCUGCUGGAAGGCUUCGACAUCCGAGAGAGCACCAGCUUCAUAGAGGAGCACAUUGACCGGCAGGUGUCCCCCAUCGAGAGCUUGCGCCUGAUGUGCCUCCUCUCCAUCACGGAGAACGGUCUCAUCCCCAAAGAUUACCGGUCCCUGAAAACCCAAUACCUGCAGAGCUACGGGCCUGAGCACUUGUUGACCUUCCACAACCUCAAGCGCAUCGGGCUGCUGACCGAGCAGUCGGCCGGAGAGACGCUGACCGCUGUGGAGAGCAGAGUCAGCAAGCUGGUGACAGACCGUGCUGCCGGAAAGAUCACAGAUGCAUUUAAUUCUUUGGCCAGAAAGAGCAAUUUUCGAGCUAUAAGCAAGAAGCUGGGGUUGAUCCCACAGGUGGACGGAGAGUACGACCUGAAAAUGCCUCGGGACAUGGCUUAUGUUUUCAGCGGAGCCUACAUCCCCCUGAGCUGCAAGAUCAUUGAGCAUGUGCUGGAGCGACGGAGCUGGUCGGGCCUGGAGGAGGUCGUGCGGCUGCUCAACAGCAAUGAGUCUGUCAUCUCAGACAGCACUGCAGAGGACAACCCUGCCUGGGAGGCUCAGCGCAUGGUCCUCGCCGUCUUCCUGGGUGGCUGCACCUUCUCUGAAAUCGCCGCACUCCGGUUCCUGGGGAAGGAGAGAGGUAGGAGCUGUAGCAGGGUGAUACCUGCUGAGAGGUGGGCAGUGGGAGCUCUGGAGCUCCCAGGGUGCUGCCAGUGGCUGUGCUGGGAGCCAGUGGUGGCUAAAGCUGAAGGGGAAGGGACCAGUGGAGUUUGAGACCCCUCCAGGCUGGUGCUCCCAGGGAGCAUUCCUAGGCUGAGAACUGGCUGGGAGCACUGACUGCCCCACGGUGCUGUGGGGCUGAGUCAUAGAAUUGUAGAAUGGUUUGAGUUGGAAGGGGCCGUAAAGAUACCCCUGCCAUGGACAGGGACACCUACCACAAGAGUCCCACAGCUCUGCCCCACGGUGCUGUGGG